CUCACAAAAACAAAAACGAAAAAAAGAUGAAAAAAUACCUAACUUUAAUCCUCACCGCCGCGUCCGCGCUCGCGCAGAAGAUCCCAGAUCCCCUCCUAUGCGAAGACACGCUCGACGUAUCGCCCCCGUUCCAGACGGAUUCGGUGCCGCGCCUGCUGGCGUGCGAGGCGCCCGUGGUAGUAGCCUCGACCACCUUCCCGUCUGUGCCUAGUUCAAGUUAUACGUGGACGGCUCCGUUUAGGGUCAGUUCUGUAUCGGGUUUACCGCAGGGUACGAGUAAUCAGGACGGACAGGCGACUCAGACGUCCACGUCGGGAUCGGGAUCGGGAUCGGUCGUUAGUACGGAGCCUGUUCAGAGUACGGAGACGGGUGGUGGAGCUGUUACGUCGCCGACUACUACGGCCGCGGCGGGACGUCUUUCGCAGGCAGGUUUGCUGGGGGUGUUGUAUAUUGUUGGAUAUUUGAUUGUGAUGGUAGCGUAA